GCCUGUUCUGGCCUGUGGACUGACUCGUUAUUCAUUUGUAAGGCACUUAGUAAGGGGCAGACAGGGAGAGGGGAAACAAACUGUAUUAAAUUACUUUUUAAGUGAAGGGAACACAGUUAGGCACAUUAAGAAGACUUUUAUAUGCUGUCAUAAACUAAUACACAGGGGGUAACAUUUUGGGGGGAAAAUACUGAGUUUUUGGUCAACAAAAUACAGAUCCAAACCUAUAAACUGUAAAAGCUUCUUGGAAACAACGAUCAUCAUUCUUCAUCGAAGACUUGGAUAGACAAGAUAUCAAGAAGCAAUCUCUGAUGGACAACGACUCUGUGCUUGCAUUUCGCCACGCCUUGUCUGGUAACGGGAACGACACAGGAGAAGAUAUCGAGGAUGAGAGCGGUGUGAGUAACGACACCACCACGGUGGUGGGCGCGCUCAUCCUCAGCCUCGUCUUCCUCCUGGGCGUCCCGGGCAACGCCUUCAUCAUCUGGAGCAUCCUGGCGCGCGCCCACAAGCGCUCCGUCACCACCCUCAUCAUCCUCAACCUGGCCUGCGCUGAUGGCUGCCUCAUGUUGCUCACCGUCUUUUUUGUCGUCUACCUGGCGAGGCAAAACUGGGACUUUGGCAACCCCAUGUGUAAGGGUGUGUUUUACUUGUGCAAUCUGAACAUGUUCGCCUCCAUAUUUCUCAUCACCCUCAUGAGCCUACAUAGGCUGGUGGCGGUGGUGUGGCCGAGAAAGGUGCACAAACUGGCCAGCAGGAAGAUAGUCCUGAGGGUACUGGCAGGGGUCUGGUUCUUGGUGAUCUUUACGUCCAUUCCUGCUCUGGUGUUCCGAGAAGUGAGGGAGGUUACAGACGAUAUGAACGAAACCAGGCUGGUGUGCGCACCCCAUCACACUCUGCGUCGGCAUGUAAGGUUCCAGUACACCUUUGAGACCGUAUUGGGAUUUCUGCUUCCCUACGGAAUCAUAGUGACCAGCUACAUCUGCAUCCUGAGACGGCUCAGACAGACCAAGUUCCGUCGGCAGGUCCGCAGCGAGAAACUCAUCCUGGCCAUAGUUGUGAUGUUCGGCAUCUUCUGGCUGCCCUACCACGUUAUCAACAUGAUGCAGGUGGCGGCACAGUACUUCAAGGAAGGUUCAGACAUCCAUAAGACGCUCGACCAAAUCUCAUCCGAUAGUCGUCCUGUGACCUCAUCUCUGGCCUUCAUCAGUAGCUGUGCCAAUCCGGUUCUCUACACUUUUGCUGGAAAGGCCUACAUCAAAAAAGAUGGCCUGGCUUUCAUGGCUCGUCUCUUUGAGGGAACAUCCCUGGAGACUGCAGUGAAGAAAGGGCGGAUAAAGAGUACUAGGAAGGACCAAAUAAGGGUUCAAACUAUGGAGUCCAGUAUCAGUGAUGAUGGCAACACUGCAAAUGAGAGCCCUGCAAGUCAAAGAAGAGAACACCGGAUGACAGAGGCUCCAUGAACGAUGCCAAUUAAAGACUUUUGCAAGGCUGUUCUGGACAUUUGCAAAUACAGGCACAUUUAGCAGCCAAAUCACAAGGUUGACAAGAGUUGGGUUUUAGUUUAUUAUGGCUGGUCAUGUGUCCAAUUAUGCAAAAACGUUAAUCAUGCAUUUAUUUAUGAUUACCAACAUAUUUCCACAAUUAAUUGAGUCCAGACACUUGAAUACAGUUUCGAUUUCCA